UAACUCUCCCAUCAUCUCAAAAGUCCACAUUUAGAUAAUUUUUCUCAGCAAAAAGCAAAGGCUCCCAUAGUUUUUUUUUUAAAAAAAUUUCUUCUCAUUUCCUACAUUUAACCAUCAUGUCUCAGACAGUUGUUCUCAAAGUUGGCAUGUCAUGCCAAGGCUGUGUUGGAGCUGUCAACAGGGUUUUGGGCAAAAUGGAAGGUGUUGAAUCAUUUGACAUCGAUAUAAAGGAGCAAAAAGUGACGGUGAAAGGAAAUGUGGAACCAGAAGCUGUUUUCCAGACUGUUUCAAAGACCGGAAAGAAGACUUCUUUCUGGGAAGCAGAAGCACCAGCACCAACACCAGCACCAGCACCAAUUGAACCCGAAACAAAGCCCGUGGAGGAAAAGCCCGUAGAAGAAAAGCCUGCAGAAACAUCAGUUGAGCCCGAAGCAAAGCCCGUGGAAGAAAAGCCAACAGAAACUGUUGCUGCAGCAUGAUGAUUGAUACCUCAAUUAAUGGGCUGAAAAUUUACACCAUAUGCUUAACAGUUUAAUGAGAGUGAGAGCUGAAAUAAUUGUCUUGCUAAUUUUCUGCAUUUGGUUUUCAUGUAAUAUUGAUUGUAAGUCUUGCUGUCUACUAUAUAUUUUAAUUUGUGGA